UUGUUCUGAUUGGUCAAUUACGCUUACGGGUAGGGUUUUUUGAACGCACCUCAGGCGAACGGAGGGGAUACUCAGGUGGCAAUUCUGCUAUGUCAUAGAUAUAGUAUAUAUUCUAUGGUCUUCGCCUUCUGUUUGUUUACGCGACUGUCAGUGUGACACAAUUUCAAGGAACAGUGCGUUGAAUGUUAAAACAGAAACACACAAGGUUAUACAAUAAUAAAUGAGAAAGAUAUUGGAUUUUCUUCUAUCCAAUACACUUUUAUCGACGACGAAACGCGAAUAUAACGUUCAAAGUGCCCGAUUUAACAUAAACCGUACAUGGACUUAUGAGAUUAAUAAUAAUUUAGAAGUACACAAUGUUAUGAGAGAGAAAUAGCUAUCGCAACACGUGCGCUUGAGCUGAUAUUAUUCUUGAGACGAAUUAAACUCGUUUCGCAACAAUUUUCGUACAUUUAUCUUAUUGUGGAAUAGGCGAAAAGAGAUAGAGACGUAUCGACUGAAUCGGAUUUUAUAUUUUCAAGGAGAAAAAAAAAUAUAUAGAGAGAGAAUUUCAAAGAAUGGCGGGAAUUAUCUGCGCAUCGAUUUCAAGUUCGCGAUUGCAUUUGAAAGGGCUCGCGCGUUUAUUCUCAUCCAAAAGCAUGGACGAGGUCGGCGAGAGUCCGAGAUUGCGUGAAUUCCGAAAAAAAUUGCGCGAACGCACCCCCAUAGAGAAUUUAGAAGAAUUGGAAGAAGGUAAGCACCCUUAUCAAGAGAAAGAACCUUUGGAACCGUUCCCGAACAAUACGAAUCCGGAAACGGGCGAGAUCGGGGGUCCUCGCGGACCAGAACCGACUCGUUACGGCGACUGGGAGAGAAAGGGUCGUGUGACGGACUUUUGAACCCUCUGUCAUCUUAGAAGAAAAUCUAAAUCGUUUGUUAAUAAUUAGAAACUAUCUCAAUAAAUUAAAUGUCUACAUUAUGAUACAUCGAGUUAAAGCGCGAUGCAUCAUAAAAAAGAAAUCUCUACUUUGUAGAAUAAAAAUUAUAAAUAUAAAUUGUAAAGUUCAUAUAUUGCGAAAAAUGAGAUUGUUUUAUCGCGAUCGCCCAGAUCUCGGUCGCGCUAGUUUCUCUAAACAAAAUCAGAAUCGGUGACUUAGAUUUAUUGUAUAAUUCUCUAAUUUAUCAAAAACACGAAAUUCGUCGAAGCGCAAAACACUAUGAUUUAAUGCACAAUUCUAUCAUGCCUAAUUAGAUUAAUUAACCGUUAAAAACUCGAUCGUUUUCAUUCUCGGUUGGUUCUUUCGGGCUCUGUCGAAUCCUGAUUUAACCGACAACAAGAAAAGGCAUCACAGUAUGCAUCUAAAAAAGUUAGUAACUAAUAUAUCAUUGACUCUCAAUCGGAAAUUUUAUAGAAAAAAAUUCAUAGGAAUACAAGAGUAUUUGCUCCAUACAUCUUAGCGACAGUGUUUUAUUAACAAAAUUGAAAAUCAUCUUGAUGGUUUCGCGUCAAUGGAUGGCCGUGUGUGAAUAUUUAUAGAACGUUUGCAUAAUGAUUUGCAUAAAUGGAUUGAAUCUACAGAUGAUAAGAAAUUGCAGGCAAUUUUUCACAAGUAUGAGCUAAGUUUGCUUUAGACUAUUUUACAUUUUUGAAAUAGAUUUCUGCGAAUAUAAUUAUUUUCGAAUUUUAUAUCAUUUUUUCACUCAUUAUUUAUCAAAGUUUCUUUUGUAUAGAAAUAUGUAAAGAUUAAAUAUAAAUAUAAUGUGGUUAGGUACUUUACUAUUAAAAAUGAAGAAGAAUUUAAGUGAUAAAAUCUCGGAAAAUGUCCAAGAGUCGCCGCGAAUUAAGCAGUUUCAUGAAAAACUCAAACUGCAGCCUAUACCAAGUACAUAUAUAUAUAUAAUUAAAAUUAAUUGAUAAAAUAAUUAAUUUUCACAGAUAUCAGCACGAAUUCUUUUCAUAAAAUGUAAGAGCUUUUCUAUAAAAAAUUAAUUGUGUUCAGGACUUUGUAGUUUCGUAACGUGACUUUUUCUUGGUUUAAUAUGUAGAAAUAAAACCGCGGGAACGA